AUGGCCGCGGUGACGAGGGGCACGGCGACGAGGAGAAGCCGGCUGAAGCGUUCGGACGGCAGCACCACCUCCACCAGCUUCAUCCUGCGGCAGGGCUCAGCAGAUUCAUACACAAGCAGACCCUCAGACUCUGAUGUCUCUUUGGAAGAAGACAGGGAAGCAAUCCGCCAAGAGAGAGAGCAGCAAGCAGCUAUACAGCUUGAGAGGGCAAAGUCCAAACCAGUAGCAUUUGCUGUCAAGACAAAUGUGAGUUACUGUGGAGCCCUGGAUGAAGAUGUUCCUGUCCCAAGCACUGCCAUCUCUUUUGAUGCCAAGGACUUCCUACACAUUAAAGAGAAAUACAACAAUGACUGGUGGAUAGGAAGGCUGGUGAAGGAGGGCUGCGAGAUUGGCUUCAUUCCAAGCCCACUGCGGCUGGAGAACAUCCGCAUCCAGCAGGAGCAGAAGAGAGGACGGUUCCAUGGAGGGAAAUCAAGUGGCAAUUCUUCUUCAAGUCUUGGAGAAAUGGUUUCUGGCACAUUUCGAGCCACACCUACUUCCACAGCAAAGCAGAAACAAAAAGUGACAGAACACAUUCCCCCAUAUGAUGUAGUGCCAUCAAUGAGACCUGUUGUCUUGGUGGGACCAUCACUAAAAGGCUAUGAGGUGACAGACAUGAUGCAGAAAGCUCUCUUUGACUUCCUGAAGCACAGGUUUGAUGGGAGGAUAUCAAUAACCAGAGUGACAGCUGACAUUUCUCUUGCUAAGAGGUCUGUUCUAAAUAAUCCAAGCAAGAGGGCAAUAAUUGAGAGGUCAAACACGAGAUCCAGUUUGGCUGAAGUCCAGAGUGAAAUUGAGAGGAUCUUUGAGCUGGCAAGGUCCUUACAGCUGGUUGUCCUGGAUGCAGACACUAUCAAUCACCCUGCCCAGCUUAUCAAGACAUCUUUAGCACCAAUUAUUGUCCAUGUCAAAGUGUCUUCACCAAAGGUUUUGCAGCGCCUGAUUAAAUCUCGAGGGAAGUCCCAAAGCAAACACUUGAACGUGCAGUUGGUGGCAGCUGAUAAACUUGCACAAUGCCCACCAGAAAUGUUUGAUGUCAUUUUGGAUGAGAACCAGCUGGAGGAUGCUUGUGAGCACUUGGCAGAGUACCUGGAGGCAUACUGGCGUGCUACCCACACCACCAGCAGCACGCCCAUGACCCCUCUCCUGGGGAGGAAUUUGGGAUCCACCGCGCUCUCCCCGUACCCCGCCGCAAUCUCUGGCUUGCAGAGCCAGCGGCUGAGGCACAGCAGCCACUCCACUGAGAGCUCUCCAGUCGAGCGCCGAAGCCUAAUGACCUCAGAUGAGAACUACCACAACGACAGGGCUCGGAAGAGCAGGAACCGCUUGUCUUCCAGUUCCCAACACAGCCGAGACCACUAUCCUCUGGUGGAAGAAGAAUACUCUGACUCCUACCAGGACACUUACAAACCCCACAGGAACCGAGGCUCCCCGGGAGGAUACAGCUGCGACUCACGACACAGGCUUUGA